AUGCUUUUAUUGACAACUGUAAGAAACCAGUUAUCGAUAUACUUUCGUGGCAGCUCCUUAGUCGCUGCUUCGUCUGCUCUCGGCAGUGGUAAAAGAUGGCUUUCUUCAGCAACACAGCCGGAGGUGAAAGGCUCUAAAAUGGAGAUGAACUCCACAUAUGUAUCAGCACAAAUGUUGAAGAUUGUACCCGAUAAUACUGACGUGGCCACUCUGGAGAAACAGGAUGAAUUAGUCAAAAGACGUCGCAAGUUGUCCAAAGAAAUCACACAAAUGAAAAAACUGAAACCGAUCUCACCUGGUCUCAGAUGGUACAUGUCGCCAAUAUAUCCAUACUUACAUAAAGGAAGACCAAUAUACUCGCUGACGAUAGCGAAGAGGGGUAAAGGUGGCAGAAAUAACUCCGGUAAAAUUACAGUCCGUCACAGAGGAGGUGGUCACAAGAGGCGUAUUAGAAUAGUCGAUUUCCAUCGUAUGGCAUCAGGAAAGCAAAUAGUUGAGAGGAUUGAAUAUGAUCCAGGUAGAACUUCUCACAUUGCAUUGUUGAAGCACACUGUCACAGGGAGCUUGUCUUACAUUGUCGCAUGCGAUGGGUUAAGAGAGGGCGAUACGGUCGAAUCAUUUAGAAAUGGUAUCCCACAGGACCUGUUAGAUGAAAUGGGUGGGAAAGUAGAUCCAGCAAUCUUAAGUGUGAGAACUGCCCAAAGAGGUAAUUGUCUACCAAUUUCUAUGAUCCCAGUGGGUAGCAUCAUACAUAACGUCGGUAUCACACCAGUUGGACCGGGCAAGUUCUGUCGUGCUGCCGGCACUUACGCAAGAGUACUGUCCAAAAUUCCUGAGAAGAAAAAAGCUAUUAUUCGUCUGCAAAGUGGUGAACAUCGUUAUGUAUCUUUGGAAUCAUGUGCCACUAUUGGUAUCGUAUCAAACAUUGAUCACCAAAACAGGUCUCUUGGAAAAGCAGGAAGAUCAAGAUGGUUGGGUAUAAGACCAACUGUAAGAGGUGUCGCGAUGAAUAAAUGUGAUCAUCCUCAUGGUGGUGGUCGUGGUAAAUCAAAAUCCAAAAAACUGUCUAUGUCUCCGUGGGGUCAGUUAGCAAAAGGGUACAAGACAAGAAGAGGUAAAAAUCAAAAUAAAAUGAAGGUUAAAGAUAGACCAAGAGGUAAAAUUGCAAGGCUUUGA